AUGGCCGGCUGCAGCCCCGAGGAGAAAACUUACCGGCGCUUCCUCGAGCUCUUUCUGGGCGAGUUCCGCGGACCUUGCGGCGGCGGCGAGCCCGAACCCGAGCCCGAGCCGGAGUCCGAGCCCGAGCCCGAGCCCGAGCCUGAGCCGGCGGCGGCGGCCGAGGGGACUCGGGAGGAGGUGGAGGACGAAGCGGUGGCGGCGGCUGUGGUGCUGGUGCCAGAGCCCGGGGAGGAAGAGGAGGAGGAGGAGGCGGUGGCAGCCGAGGACGAGGACGAGGACGGAGACGGGGAGGGCGCGGAGGAGGGGGUGGCCGACGAGGCGGGCCCGGGGCCGGGGCAGCAGUCCGGGCCCCCUCCCCCGCCGCCGCAGCAGCAGCCGCCGCCGCCCCUGCCCCCGCUGCCGCGGCCGCUCUCGGAGCGCAUCACCCCGGAGGAGGUGGAGGGCGAGAGCCUGGACCUGUGCCUGCAGCAGCUCUACAAAUAUAAUUGCCCUUCCUUUUUGGCUGCUGCUUUAGCCAGAGCAACAUCAGACGAAGUCCUUCAGAGUGAUCUUUCGAUGUACUAUAUACCAAAGGAAACAGAUGGCGCAGAAGGAAUUGUGGAGAUUGAGACAGUGAAAUUGGCACGUUCUGUCUUCAGCAAACUACACGAGAUUUGCUGCAGUUGGGUGAAGGACUUCCCUCUCCGCAGAAGACCCCAAUUGUAUUAUGAGACAUCAAUCCAUGCCAUCAAAAACAUGCGCAGGAAAAUGGAGGACAAACACGUCUGCAUUCCUGAUUUUAAUAUGCUCUUCAAUCUAGAGGAUCAAGAAGAACAAGCUUACUUUGCAGUGUUUGAUGGGCAUGGUGGGGUAGAUGCUGCCAUUUAUGCCUCUGUCCACCUCCAUGUGAACUUAGUACGCCAGGAAAUGUUCCCCCAUGACCCUGCAGAGGCACUCUGCCGAGCCUUCCGGGUGACUGAUGAGCGUUUUGUGCAGAAAGCAGCCAGGGAGAGCUUACGCUGUGGGACCACAGGCGUGGUGACAUUUAUCCGAGGCAACAUGCUCCACAUAGCCUGGCUGGGUGACUCUCAGGUCAUGCUUGUGAGGAAGGGCCAAGCCGUAGAACUAAUGAAGCCGCAUAAACCGGAUAGAGAGGAUGAGAAGCAACGAAUUGAGGCCCUUGGAGGCUGUGUGGUCUGGUUUGGGGCCUGGAGAGUGAAUGGAAGUCUGUCUGUCUCAAGAGCUAUUGGAGAUGCUGAGCAUAAGCCAUAUAUCUGUGGGGACGCAGACUCUGCCUCCACUGUUUUGGACGGGUCUGAAGACUACCUCAUUUUAGCGUGUGAUGGCUUCUACGAUACCGUGAACCCCGAUGAGGCAGUGAAGGUUGUGGCCGACCACCUAAAGGAAAAUAAUGGAGAUAGCAGCAUGGUUGCCCACAAAUUGGUAGCAUCAGCUCGUGAUGCUGGGUCAAGUGACAAUAUCACUGUCAUUGUGGUAUUCCUAAGGGAUAUGAACAAAGCUAUAAAUGUUAGUGAGGAAUCAGACUGGACAGAGAACUCUUUUCAAGGAGGUCAAGAAGAUGGCGGGGAUGAUAAGGAAAAUCAUGGAGAAAGCAAACGCCCCUGGCCUCAGCACCAGUGCUCAGCACCGGCAGAUCUAGGCUAUGAUGGGCGAGUGGAUUCAUUCACUGAUAGAACUAGCUUGAGCACAGGGUCCCAAAUCAAUGUGCUUGAAGAUGCAGGCUACCUAGAUCUCACAAAAAUAGAAGCAAGCAAACCUCAGAGUGCCAAAUUUUGGUCACCAGUUGAAAUGUUUGGUCUUACAGUACCAAAGAAAGCAAAUCUUGUUAAUGAUAUAAUCAUGGAGAAAGAAUCAGUCCGGUCUUCAGUGCAUGAACAGCAUGACGCUAGAGAAUACCCUGCUUAUCUCAAUUUGGGUUCAACAGGGCAGCAUAUAUACAGAAUGGAGAGUUUGUCUCCAGUCUUUUCUGGGUUGGAAAAUGAACCCCUGGGAAAGAGAGUUUCUAGUUUCUCUCAUUUACGCCACUAUUAUGCAAAGAGACGGCAUGGAUUCAGGCUCAAACCAAAGUUUCAUACGUAUCUCUUUGCUCAUGAGCCUUCCCACAAAGCAGGCACAACUAGCCUGUCUUCACUUAUUCAAAGUGGGAAUAGAAAUAGGAGGUUGGUAAGAAGUUCUCUGCCAUGGAGACAAAAUGCUUGCAAAAAGUACAGUGAGAUUCUGAUGGGGAUGCUUAGAAACAGUCAUUGUAUACCAUAUGCAGACACUCCCUGGAGCAGUAAAAUAUAACAACUCUUCUUUAAAGUAGGUUAGAUACCUCCCCUUCCACCCCCCCCCAAUAAAACAGUAUCAUCAGUAUAGAAAACAAGAUGGGCAUUUCACAAACAUGAAGUAUAUCAUGCUAUGACUUUAUGAAAGGCUCAAUUCUUGUGUGUAAAUAAUCUCUAGGAAAUUUUAAAGUAUUUCAAUCUUAAAAAUACUAGUGAUUCUACUCCCUGAACUACGGAUCCAUGUGUGCACCCACACCUCUAACACACACACCUCCUUGUGUCACUAGUGGAAGAGGGCUUAGUUUGUUCAUUUGAUUAGACAGUCAGGAAACUGUUCUGAUCUGGCUGAAAUGUCUGUGGAGAAAUAUAUAUGUGUGUCUGUCUACGUGUAUCUGUUUGUCUACGUAGAUAGAUACACACAGACACACACAUAUAUUUUUUUACAUAUAUAUGAAGAGAACCUAGUUUAGAAUUGUCAAGUUUAGCACAGAAAAUGUUCCCCAAAGCCUGGGUUCAUUUCUGGGUUUUAUUUUUUUUUAUUAAUAGCUUCCCAGGGAAAGAACUCUAGGAAAACAUCCACUUUGUAGGUAAAAGAUUAAAAGCCAUAUGGAUUUUAAUGGGGCACACAGGAAGUGGGAGUCCAGUGUCAAGUCUCCCCUUCUCAGACAAAGAUUGAAGUACAGUCAGGCAUAGAAGCUGAACCUGAAAACUCUUUCAUAGUUUAAAAAAUCUUUUUCCUGUGGGGCUUUUUCAGAAUCUUUU